ACGUGUUUCCGUUCAUCGCCGAGUCGCGGUCCGUCUGGUUUCACCGUUGCACCGGUGACACCGUCGCGAGCUAACGUUUGUCGAUUAACAUCGAUUUAAAGCGGUUUCUUCGCAACCGGUCACAGCGUACCCCCCGACUCCGAGGCGGUAUGAAUGUUUUGAAGGAAGGAUGGUUCACCGAGAUUGUGAACACCAACAACAAUCCCGUUCUUUCGGUGGAUGUUGAAAAGGUCCUUCAUCAAGAACGUUCAAACUUCCAGGACAUCCUUGUCUUUAAGAGCAAGUCAUUUGGGACUGUGCUGGCCCUGGACAAUGCCAUCCAGUGCACAGAACGAGACGAGUUCUCCUAUCAGGAGAUGAUCACAUUCCUGCCCCUCAACUCCCACCCAGACCCCAAAGAUGUUCUGAUCAUUGGCGGAGGCGAUGGCGGUGUGGCACGGGAAGUGGUCAAGCACCCCAGCGUAGUCUCUGUCACACAGUGCGAGAUUGACGAGAAAGUCGUGGAGGUCUCCAAGAAGUACCUUCCCUUCAUGGCCGAGGGCUUCAACAGUCCGAAAUUGGAGCUCAAGAUAGGGGACGGCUUCCAGUUCAUCAAAGAGACGACGCGGAAGUUCGACGUCGUCAUCACGGACUCCUCUGACCCCGUUGGUCCAGCAGAAGCUCUGUUCCAGAAGCCAUAUUACGAGGGACUCAAGAGGAUUCUCAAGCCAGGUGGAAUCCUCUGCUCUCAAGGCGAGUCCAUGUGGUUUGACCUGAAGCUCAUUGAAGAGAUGAUGGACAUGUGCCGGACGCUGUUCCCAGUGGUCAACUAUGCCUCCAUCUACACGCCCACCUAUCCCAGCGGACAGAUCGGUUUCCUGCUCUGCUCCACAUCACCCGACACGGACUUCCACAAUCCGGUGCACAAGUUCACAGAGGAGCAGCUUCGGAACAUGAAGGUCCGGUACUACUCGCCCGAGGUGCACCAGGCAGCCCUGGCCCUGCCUCGAUUUGUCAAACAGACUCUGUACAAGUGAAUUACCUACCAGCAUUCCAAUGGAUGCGGAGGGUGCAGGAUUGCCUUUCAUCGUGGUGUUGGAAGCCGUGGCCGAAACUGCAGAGCUGCCGUUUUUGUACGCCGUAUGCACUGCGUUACCUUUGGAAGUUUCAGACCAACACAUACGUCCAUGUUAUAUAUUUGUUUGGCAUUGAAUAAAGCGAUAUUUUAUGUUCA